AUGCGGGCAACAGUUGGGAUCAUCGCUCUGCUUGUUUCGAGUGCUGAAGCGCAGCUGGGCACCGACUUGUCGCGUGAGCAGCUCAAGCCGCUAACAGCCUUCCGCCAGCAACAUCGUCGCCUGGUCGACGGGCGCUUGUGUGCUGCUGCGUUUGUGCAGGAUAAGCGCGUGUACACAGGAUGCACGGAUGUGCUCUGCUGA